AGUCUGUGGCGGUCAUCUUUUUUUUUAUUUUUUAUUUUUUCAUUAUAAAUAGGUAGAGGAGUUGCUUAGCUGAUGGUAUAGAUUCUCCACCACCACUCACUUACCAGCCUCCUUCCAUCCACUCCCUCUCUGAGAGAAAAAAGAUGAUAUAGUAAGAGAGAGACAGAGUGGAGUUAUAAUCUUGAAACAUUUUCUUGGUAAUUUUUAUGGGUGGUCUUCCUCAACAUUUUUCUCGUAACUCUUGUUUUCUUGUCAUCUAUCCCUAUUCUUCUCCUUCCUCUUUCGUUGAUCAUCUCUUCUUUACACUAUCAAAAGCUCUAUCCCCAUCACCAUUUUUCUCUCCUAAUUGAUUAUUAGACUCUACCCUUUUCCUAAUAAUCCAUAAUUUUAAAAGAGAAAACAAGACAGUUCUUGAAAUUAAAAACCAUUUUCUUUAAUUUGUUCUUGCACCAACACAAAAAGAUGGGUUCUUUCUCCAAUUCUUGCACUGUAUUCCUAAGCUUUACUCUUCUUUUCAUUUUUAAAGGUGCUUUAAGUGCUACGUUUACACUUGUUAACAAAUGCGAUUAUACAGUAUGGCCUGGAAUUCUUGGCAGUCCCAAACUAGAAACCACCGGUUUUGAACUGCCCAAAGGCAGCUCUCGUUCCUUCCAAGCUCCAACCGGUUGGUCCGGUCGGUUCUGGGCCCGAACUGGCUGUAAUUUUGAUAGCUCCGGUCAUGGCUCUUGCUCCACCGCCGAUUGUGGCUCCAGCCAACUCGAAUGCAAUGGGAAUACUGCUACUCCGCCUGCCACUUUAGCUGAAUUCACUCUCGGCUCCGGCACACAAGAUUUCUACGACGUUAGCCUCGUCGACGGCUAUAAUUUGCCGAUGGUAGUUGUAGUGAAUGGAGGCUCCGGCCAGUGCGAGUCGACGGGAUGUGUGACGGACCUUAAUCGGAAGUGUCCGAGUGAGCUUAGAGUUGAAGGCGGCGCAGCUUGCAAGAGCGCUUGUGAAGCUUUUGGGAAUCCCGAGUACUGUUGCAGUGGCGCGUAUAAUUCACCGUCAACUUGCAAACCCUCCACGUAUUCAGAGAUGUUCAAAAGCGCGUGUCCGAAAUCAUAUAGCUAUGCUUUUGAUGAUGCUUCCAGUACUUUUACGUGUACCGGUGCUGAUUAUACCAUUACAUUUUGCCCUAAUUUACCGAGUUUAAAAUCUACAAGAGAUUCGACAGAAGAAGGUGGAUCGACAGCGAAAUCAGAGACAUCGGAAGCAGCCGGAGCGGCGAUACAGGAAGCACAACUAGCUAGUUCAUGGCUUGCAAGUUUGGCUACCGGAGAUUCAACAAUAAGCAACUCAAUUUCAUUAGUACAAUUUUCAUUUGUUUUGGUCACGUCUCUCAUUCUUUGCUACAAUAAUCACUUGUAGUUGUAGCUCUGUCUCUCCCAAAAUGACCCUAAUUGAGCAUCUUUCAUCAAUUGGCAAACUUUGAGAAAAAAAAAAAAAAGGGUGAAAGAGAGAGAUGAAUCAAUAAUAUGGGGACCAAUCAAUCCACUUCCAAAUGAUGCAUAAUUAAUGUUUUGCACAUCAUAUUAUUAAUUAUUUUUAGAAAUAUAUUUCUCCUUUUUUUCUUUUAUUA